UAUUGCUAUUGUAAUUUUAAUUUAUUUUGCUACGGUAGAAUCUUUUAUCAGGUCAAGUAAAAACCCUAGCAGGAUUAAAAAUAGUCAUAAGUAUGACUUUUUAGGUACACGUUCAUAACGACAGUCCUUCCUGCAAAUCCGUUGUCUAAAUAUUUUCGUGAGCAUCAUGAAAAGUUUGCACGAUCUACCUGUUGAGAUUCUGGACUACAUCUUUACCUUGCUACGGCUGGAGGAUUGGAAGCAGGCAUCAUUGGUAUGCCAUCAGUGGAUGGUGCUGUGCUCCUCUCGGAAAUCUCUGGCAAAUGUCGUCCUGACCUUGAUUCCAGAAAAAUCCGACAAAAGUGAACUAUGUCGAAUACUGUCCGGAAGCAUUCGCAAAUACCGUAAUAUCAUAUUCGAAGUCUACGAAGAUGACGAUUAUGUAAUUCCAAUUAUUUUGGAGACAUUCCAUGAGAGUCUGGAAUGCGUAAAAAUUAAAGGCUACUACGAGAUGGUCCUGAAUUUCAAAAUUGAUUAUCUAAAGAGAUUGUUUGAAUGCAUAGUAAAGCUGAAAGAGUUACGUGUGCAGGCUAUAAUAGAAAUCGAUGAUCUACCUGAAGAUGGUGAAAUACUGGACCUACCCAGGAUGCCUUAUUUGGAAACCCUAUACCUUGAAUUUGAAUCCUUGGAACGUGCUUGUUUCGAUUGGUGUCAAAUAGCGCCCAACCUCAAACAUCUUUAUCUAGGACGCAAUCGCUUUUGUACCAAUUUCAAUCAGUUGAUGAGCUUCUACAGUCAACAGUUGUGCAGUCUAGGAAUAGCGAUAGAUGGGUCAAACAAUUAUGCUUUCGGUGCGAAACCCGUCAAAUUUCCCCAACUAAAAAACCUGACCGUCCUGUGUUGGGCAGAAGUGGAGCUGAACCAGGCUGAACAGUUCUUUAAAUCUUUUUCUUCCAAUCUAACGGAGCUCACCCUAGGAUACACGAUGAUUCCGGAAGUUUUGGCAUCGACUUUCGUAUUAUUCCCGUCGUUGGAAACCGUACGCUUGUACUUCAUUCUGCCCGAAAAUGGCUUCCACCUUCUGUCCAAAUUACCGAAAUUGAAACAUCUAUUUUUAUUCCGGGUAUCAAUAAGCUACAGUGGGUUUGAAUUAGCCGAUUGUUUCAACAGUUUACAGCAGCUUUCGUUAAAACAUGUUGAAAUCGAUGUUGUGGAAGAGUUUUUCAAAAUACUUCCUGGGAAAAUGCCAAACGUCACAUCCUUGGAGAUCACUGAUGAUGGAGAUAACGAGACUUCUCUCGUCUGUGCUAAUCUAUUAAAUCUACGACGAUUGACUGUUUCCUGGGAAUGUAAGAUUCUGGGAUAUUUCUCCUGCUGUGACUUCAACCGCUUGGAACACUUACGUGAGCUGCGGCUGUUCUAUAAUUCACUGCGGAGUGAAGAUUUUUCCUGGAUGAGUUUUGCUCGCUGUCCCAGCGUUCACAAACUUCUCAUCCCAGACAAUAUGGUUGGCAAACCAACAUUCAUCUCUCUGGCGGGCAACCCAUCGACGCUAGACCUGUUCCUGUCAAAUACCAGCUUGUCCAACCCGGUAGCCUUGAAUGAACCCAGCUCCGACCACCAACCGGUGGUGGCUGAAAUGGGCUACAACGUGGCCCCUGCUCCAAGUCUGCACAAGGACUACCACCGCGUAAAAUGGGCCCAGUUUGGACGCGUGAUAGACAGACACAUCAUCGACAACCCGCCGCUUAACACCGUGGAGGACAUCAACCGAGCGUUGGAGGCACUCCACCAAGCCAUAACCGUAGCUGACGAUGCGUGCGUCCAACGAGUUCCUGUGAGGGGCGCUGGCAACACCAGAGCCACUGCCCUCGUCCGUUCCUCUUCCACCGAUGUGCAACAGCAGGAGAUUUGCCCGCGGGUUUACUUAUGCAAUAUGCAGCAAACGUAUUCCGACAUGUUGCAGCACUAUUCGUUCAAGUUCUCCGCUCUCUACGGGCGCUACGAUUCCGACCUUCCUGACGAUGAUGCCAUCAGAAAUCAGCUGGCCCUGUUGUACGUCGAUAACCGCGAAUUGACCCAGUGCCUACCAGUUCGCCAUUUGGCCGUUUGA